CAUUAUUAGACGUCUAAUUCCAUUUUAUUCUUGUUUGAUGUCUAUCCCCACUAAUGUCAACCAUUUUCUCUUUCUUCGUACCUUUAUUAGACGUCAAUAUUGGAUACUCCACUAAAUUUGACAUAAUUCUUCUCUUUUGAUACCAAUCACAAAUUCCUCUUUUGCGGCGUAGUUUAAACUACAACUAAUCCAAUAAACACUAUCUACCUAAUUCCAUUCUCUUAUUUCUCAUUUUUUUUCCAUCAUAAAAAUCUCAAUCAUUACAGAAAAAUGGUGAAAAUUCUCAAACAUUUGGGUAUUUUCUGUAUCCUAAUGCUCAUCGCAAUCACAUCCGCACAACAAACAGAAUUCUUAUACGAUGAUUUCAGUAAAGCGGGCAAUACCAUACUCUUAGAAGGCUCAGCUAAGCUCUUCAACCAUGAUAACAUCAUUCAACUAACCAACACCAGCAGCCGUAUGAUUGGCCACGCCUUCUACGCCACUCCAAUCAAGUUCAAAAGCUCCCCAAACGGCACCGUUUCAUCCUUCUCUACCGUCUUCACUUUGGGAACUGUACCAGAGUUCAAGACCCUCGGAGGUCACGGCAUGGCCUUUGUCAUUUCUCCCUCCAACAACCUCAACACCGCCCUCCCUAGCCAGUACCUCGGCCUCUUCAACGCCGCCAAUAUCGGAAACAUAAGCGACCACGUCUUCGCCGUCGAAUUCGACACCGUAAAGGAUUUCGAGUUCCAAGAUAUUGAUGACAAUCAUAUCGGAAUUAAUCUUAACAGUUUGGUAUCCAACUUCUCUGUUCCUGCCACUUAUGUUAUGGAGAAUUCUACCAAACAAAAUGUGUCCAUGAAAGCUGGACAUACGAUUCAAAGUUGGGUUGAUUACGAUGCUACAAACAAACUCAUAAGUGUUACCAUUUCACCUCUCCCUACGAAACCAAGAAUUCCUCUAAUCUCAUACAAAUACGACCUUUCUCAAAUAUUAGAACAAGAAAUGUAUGUUGGAUUUUCUGCUUCUACUGGGUUAUUAGCGAGUUCGCAUUAUGUUCUUGGUUGGAGCUUUAACAUGAGUGGUCCAGCUAAAUCACUUUCUAUGCCUCCACUCCCACAUCCUCCAAGUACUUCUAGUAAUAAACACAAGGCGACUGUGGCAAUCGCUUCAUCUAUUUCCGUAUCGGUUUUUAUCUUCCUGGUUAUCUGUGGUGUCAUCUACAUGGUCGUAAGGAUAAGGGAUCGGGAAAUAAUCGAAGAUUGGGAGCUAACAGUGGGGCCUCAUCGGUACCGGUACCACGAGCUCAGGGAAGCAACAAGAGGGUUUCGAGAGAAGGAGCUACUUGGUAGAGGUGGGUUUGGAAGGGUAUACAAAGGGUGUUUACAAAAAUGUAACACCCAGAUUGCAGUUAAGCGAAUUAACCAUGAAUCCAAACAGGGAUUGCCGGAAUUUGUAGCGGAAAUUGCUAGCAUUGGUCGGCUUCGUCACCGGAAUUUAGUCCAGCUGUUGGGGUGGGGUCGUCGGAGGGGUGACUUAUUGCUUGUGUAUGAUUAUAUGCCGUAUGGAAGUUUGGAUAAAUACUUGUUUGAUCAAGAUCGGGCAGGGUAUAUACUUAGCUGGGAACAGAGGUUUAGAAUAGUAAAAGGUGUUGCCUCUGGGCUAUUGUAUUUACACGAAGGGUGGGAAAAAGUUGUGAUUCAUAGAGAUAUCAAGGCAAGCAAUGUUUUACUAGAUGGUGAGUUCAAUGGACGGCUUGGUGAUUUCGGGUUAGCAAGGUUGCACGAUCAUGGGGCGGACCUAGGCACGACUAGAGUGGUAGGCACAUUGGGGUAUCUAGCACCGGAAUUGUCACGAACAGGACAUGUAACAACUAGCUCAGACGUGUUCGCGUGCGGGGCACUUUUACUUGAGGUAGUAUGUGGAAGGAGGCCUAUUGAACCAAGGUUUACAAGUGAGGAGGAGUUAGUACUAGUUGAUUGGGUUUGGUCAAAAUGGAAUCAAGGCAAGGUUAUGGAAGUGAUUGAUCCUAAAAUAAAGGGUAAACAUGAUGAGAAAGAAGUGUUAAUGGUGUUGAAAUUAGGAUUGAUGUGUUCGAGUGAUGAGCCAAGGUAUCGGCCGAGUAUGAGGCAAGUAGUAAGGUACUUAGAUGGAGAGAUGGAGUUGCCGGAGGUGUUAAGAGCACCAAAUCCAGAUGAUGAGAAAAGGGUUCUUAAAACAUCAGAGCCAAGGAUUGAAGAUUAUGUUUACUCUUUUGGAACGUCUUCUUCUGGGGUUAGUUUGCAAUCAUACAGUACUGGUAGGGGUGCUAGUGUUAGUCCAAAUACUAUAUGAACAACACUAAUCUUAUAAAUAUUCUUUUUAGUUGAUUUUGUUGACAUUGUACAUUCUAAUUAACUUGUGUUUCCUCUUUUAAACGCUUAUAAAUUCUGACUUCAAAUGUCAGUUUCAUC